AUGCGCUUCACAACCCUCCUCGCCAACCUCUUUUUCGCCGCCACCAUGGCCACGGCCGCCGACCUGCAAAUUGAAGUUACACACGCCGUCGAGUGCAAUCGCAAGACUACCAAUGGCGAUAACGUCAAAAUGCAUUACAGGGGCACGCUAGCCGACAGCGGGAAACAAUUCGAUGCUUCAUAUGACCGUGGAACGCCAUUGUCGUUUACGUUGGGUGCUGGGAGGGUUAUCAAAGGAUGGGACCAAGGUCUAUUAGACAUGUGUGUCGGUGAGAAGAGGACGUUGACAAUUCCGCCCGAGUUGGGAUAUGGUAAUAGAGGCGUGGGACCGAUCCCCGCGGGGUCUACGCUCGUUUUUGAGACGGAGUUGGUUGAGAUUGUUGGUGUGCCCAAGGAUGAGCUGUGA